AUGGCACCUAGAGAAGACCUCAUCUCAUCCGCUGUUACCUUCUUACAGGAUCCAUCGGUCGCAACAGCCCCUGUGGAAAAACGCAUCGAGUUCCUCAAAUCCAAAAACCUUACUCAAGAAGAAAUCGACCUCUCCCUUGCUCGAGCGGCCAAUGACUCCUCCCAGGUAGCUCCUCCUCCAAAUUCGCAAUACUAUCCCCCACCUCAACAACAAUGGAGAGGUCCACCAAAUCAAGCAUAUCCAUAUCCUUAUAAUCCAUAUGGCGAAUGGCAAGCGCCUCCGCCUCCUGAGCCUCCGCGUCGAGAUUGGCGGGACUACUUCAUCAUGGCCACAGUAGUUGGAGGUGCCAGCUAUGGUCUCUAUGUCCUCGCUCAGAGAUAUAUCAGGCCCUUGAUAGCACCACCUACACCUCCUCAGCUUGAACAAGACAAAGCCGCCAUCGAUGAACAAUUCAACAAGGCAUUCGCUCUUAUCGACACACUAGCGUCCGAUACUGCCUCACUGAAAGAGGCCGAAGAAGCUCGAACGCAGCGUCUGGAUAACGCCAUCGGGGACAUCGAAUCCAUAGUCAGUGAUCUCAAAGCAGCGAAUAUGAGAAGAGAAGACGACGCUCGCCGCAUGGAGAGCGAAAUCAAGACUAUGAAAGACAGUCUUCCGAGGUCGAUAGACAGUGUCAAAGAUGCGAGCGAACGACAGCUGAAGGAACUGAGCACCGAGUUGACAAGUCUGAAACUGCUUAUGGGAAAUCGCAUGGGUUCUGCCAGCACUUUUAGCCCAACAAAUUCAGCGAUCCCGCGCACACAGCCAGGGACUCUUCCCAGUACAAGUACAAAUACCACAGCUGCAACUCCUUCCACAGAAAAUGCGCCGGGUGCUCCUCCUGUUACUCGUCAGCCUUCCUCGUUUGGAAACACGCAGCAGUCUCCAUACCCCGCGGGAACUUCAGUGCCUGUAGCGUCGCCCGCUAUGAGACCAGUGUCGGCGGCACCCUUUGCAGGCUCCAGCAACAAGGCUGCUGCUAUCCCCGCUUGGCAAAUGGCGGCACAGAAUAAGGCGAAGGAUCUCAGCUCCGCUUCUACGACAAAUGGAGCCAGCUCGUCCCAGCCCCAGGAUGGCACAGAUGCUCUCGCCGCGUUGUCAGCAAGUUGA